AUGGUCGCAUUAAAAAGAAUAGAAAAUAAUUCAAAAACCGAUAUCGGGGAAGAAUCUAAACGGUCAGCAUUUUCUGGACUAAGCGAAGCUGAAUCCAGAAGUUAUACGAAAGGAAAAAAAGAAAAUGAUGCAGCCAAUAAUUCCGGACUCUGUGAUAAGUCGUUAAGAGAAGAUGAUUUAUACAAAUUAAAAAAUACAAUUAUGUUUGAACCUUCGAAUCUCUCGGUUUGGCAAGUACUUACUAUGAUUAUGGCGAUUGUUGUUCGUUUUAAUUUGAGCGAUGAAAUUCAACAAGCUAUUAUCAGUUUGAUGAAACUUGCUGCGGGACCACAGUUUAAAUGUUUGGAUACCUCAAAGUAUUUAAUCAACAAGUUUUUCAACCCUGUCAGCAAUGCCGCACAAUAUGUAUUUUAUUGUCCAACUUGCAACAACCUUUUGACUAAUCCAUUACCGAUAACAAAGAAUAUAAAGUCCGAAGUAACAUGCGAUAAAUGUAAAAAAAAGUAUGAAACAUCAAAAAAAGAAGGAAAUUUUUUUGUGACAGUUGAUUUAGAACCACAGCUACAAAAUUAUCUUUCAACAGAAUAUGUUCGAAAACAAAUCCAGGAUAAAAUUGAAAAUCGCAGUAAUACAAACGCAGAGCAUAGCAUUAGCGAUGUAUGUGAUAGUGACCGCUAUAAGGCAGAUGAAUUUAUUCAGUCCAAGAAUGACUCUGAUAAUGUGGUUUUAACAUUAAAUGUGAAUCUCGAUGGAGCGCCUUUGUUUAAGAGUGGUAAGAACAGUUUUUGGCCUAUUCAGUGUAUAAUCAACGAAAUCCCACAAAUAAUGAGACAUAACUUUAUGUUACUCGCUGGGUUGUGGUAUACUUCAUGUGAACCAAAACCAGAGUUCAUGAAUUUGUAUUUAAAGUCAUUUAUUACACAAAUUCAAAAACUAACAGUGACAGGUUUGAAAGUAUUGGUUGAAAAUGGUCGCGUUAUUACGUACUUCGUUAAAAUCUUUUCUUUUCCCGUCGAUUCCGUAGCACGGCCGGUCUUGCAGAAUAGGUUGCAAUUCAACGGAUUUUACGGUUGCAGUUGGUGUUAUCAACGCGGACAAACCAGCUCAAGAAGUAUGAAAUAUCCAUUAUCAUCCGAUACUCCUCGUCUACGAGACCAUGAAAGCUACGUGAAAGAUGUGGAAAAACAUAAAAACGAUAUAAAGAAACUUCGGAAGACUAAAAAAAAUGAAAAAUACACUGUUUUUGGCAUAAAAGGAUCAAGUGUGCUGUCAUCUCUGUCUGAUUUUGAUUGUGUGUGGGGUUUUCCUCAUGAUUAUAUGCAUGGGGUUUUAUUAGGGGUUACUCGCCAGCUAUGGAACAAAUGGAGUAAAGAAUUUCUUUCAGUUGAUCAAAGAAAAUUGAUAAAUGCCAGAUUAACAGCUAUACAACCACCGAACGAGAUUCAUCGAACUCCACAAAUACUGUUAAAAAGAAAAUCCUGGAAAGCGACAGAAUGGCGAUCUUGGCUUUUAUUUUAUAGUGUGCCUGUUUUAAGUGGAAUUUUGCGGCAAGAUCUUUUAGAUUCUUAUAAACUGUUAGUGAAAAGUAUUUUUAAGCUGCUUUCUGUUAACCUCACAGAAAAUGAAUUGUUGCAAUGCGAAAUGGAUUUACUGAAAUUUGUGUACGAUUGCCAAAACUUGUAUGGUAUUUCAUUCAUCACCUUCAAUGUCCAUUCAUUGCUCCAUAUCGUUGAUAGUGUCCGAAAAAACGGUCCUUCUUGGGCGACAUCAACAUACGCAUUUGAAAAUAAUAUUUAUAAUCUUAAAUUACAAGUAUCUGGUCCAAAUGGUGUUUUAGGCCAAAUGGCAAUUCGUACGUUGCGCUCUAACAACUUUCAAAAAGUGCUGGCUACUGAAUCUAAUGAAACAUGUCGACAAUUUAGUGAAGGGAUUUUGAACAAAAAGCGACCAAAUGUAUCGAAAGCUGUAGAGUCUGAUAAUGGCGCGUUACUCAUGGAUCAUGUCAAUGAAGGACAGUUGGAAAACUCCGCAUAUUCUAUAGUCGUUGUUUAUUUCAAAAAAAGAUGUAUCACGGUCAAGUAUAUCAACAAGCAAGAAAAACUAACAACUCAUUUAUUAGAAUGA